AUGCUCUCAUCUAAGUCUGAUAGUGGAAAAACUGUUGUUGAUGUUGACAAGAAAGAAAUCAACGAGGAAGCAAGCAAGGAAUCAGCCGAGAAAUCUAGUCUUAAAUCUGAUAAUGGGGUCAAGCAAGCAUAUCCACCUCCCCCUUUUCCGAAGAGACUUCAGAAGCAUAAGCUCGACAAACAAUUAGCUAAAUCUCUAGAAGUCUUCAAGAAACUACAAAUCAACAUACCUUUUGCGGAGGCUCUAGAACAAAUGCAGAGUUAUGUUAAAUUCAUGAAAGGUAUUCUAUCUCGGAAACUCAAACUUGAGGAAUUGGAUACGGUAGCUUUGACCGAGGAGUGCAGUGCGGUGUUGCAGCAGAAAUUGCCUCCGAAGCUGAAAGAUCCGGGAAGUUUCACAAUCCCAUGCACUAUUGAAAAGUUAUCUUUCGACAAGUGUUUGUGUGACUUGGGAGUGAGUAUUAAUCUGAUGCCAUUAUAUGUCCUCAAGCAACUUGGUCUGCCGGGGCCUGAACCUACGAACAUGUCAUUACAACUAGCUGAUCGGUCCAUCACUUACCCACGAGGUAUAGUAGAGGAUUUCUUGGUUAAGGUUGAUAAGCUCAUCUUCCCUGCUGAUUUUGUCAUUCUAGACUUUGAGGAGGAUAAGAAGAUUCCCAUUAUCUUGGGAAGGCCGUUCUUAGCUACAGGCCAAACUUUGAUCGAUGUGAUAAAAAGAGAGUUUACAAUGAGAGUUCAAGAUCAGAGUGUCACUUUUAAAGUGUUCAACGCAAUGAAAUUUCCAAAUGACGAAGAAGAAUGCUUUAAGGUGGAGCCAUUACAAGUUGCAUCAAAUUUUGAGAUUGAGCAAAAGCUAGGGCUAGGUGCCUUAGAGAGAGUCUUAACAGGAUUUUCGAAGAUGAAGGAGUAG